AUGGCGGAUGGACCACUGGAGAGGCCAUUGGCAGGGGCAGUGAUCUGCUGCACUUCCGUCGCGCCUGAGCUACGGACCCGAUAUGCUGAAUACGUAACUCAAAUGGGAGCAGAGCACAAACUCGAUCUCACUUCCGAUGUCACCCAUCUCCUCGUAGGUGACGCCGACACUCCGAAGUACAAGUAUGUCGCCAAAGAGCGCGAAGAUGUCAAGGUUCUCAAGCCAGAGUGGGUCGAUGCCGUUCGAGAACGGUGGAUGGAGGCAAAGCACAUCGACCUAAACGCCUUACAUGCGCAGUAUCGCAUGCCGACUUUAGCAGGGCUAAAGAUUUGCAUCACUGGUUUUGAUGAUUUGAGCUUUAGGGCCCAGUUACAAAAGAACGUCCUGGAAAAUGGCGGCGAAUAUACUGGAGAUCUAACCAAAGAUGUCACGCAUCUUAUCGCGCGUUCUGCGGAGGGAAAGAAAUAUCAGUAUGGUACUCAGUGGCAGAAGAAAAUUGUCAGCCUCAAAUGGUACAAGGAUACUCUUGAACGUGGCAUGCAAUUGGACGAGGCUUUCUAUCACCCGUCAACUCCGCAGGAAGAGCAGGGUAUUGGUGCGUGGAAUCGAAAUGCACAAGCCUCAGUGCAACUCGGAAAGAGAAACCGUGACGAAGCUCAAGGACCCGAACCUGCACGGAAGCUGCGUCGUACUGCAAGUGCCAGGUUGAAUAGUCAGACUGACAACAUGUGGUCCGAUCUCACCAAAACCCACCAUGAUGCACAGCACAAUGGCCGCGCAAUGAGUGACCUGAAAAGCUCCAAGUCUGUACCGGAUCUGCGCCAGGACGGAAACCACACUGACCCUCAGCGCGACCGUACUCAAACACAGCAAGUCUUCACUGGAAAGUACUUUUUUGCUCACUUGUUCAACUAUGAGCAAGAAACCAUUAUCAAGAACGUCCUCCUCAGCCACGGUGGUACCAUUUUGGCCUCGAUUGGCAUUCUACGAAACAUUGAAGAUGUUCCCGCCACUUCAAAGAUCCUUUUAGUCCCGUACCAAACACCGGUCGAGCAGCUCCCUAAGACUGAAGGAGAUGUUCCGGAGUUUCUGGUGUCCUCAGAACUGUGGGUGGAGUACUGUAUGUGUAUCAAAUCCUUCGUGUCACCGCCGAACUAUCCUAUGGGCACAUUGGUUCCCAAAAUCAAACCACCGGGGUUUUCGAAACUCGUUAUCACAUCGACCGGUUUUUCUGGCAUUGUACCGAAUCACAUUGCCAAGAUAGUUCGACAUUUGGGUGCUACGUACGAGCAAACGUUCACGCGGAAUACAUCAAUACUCAUAUGCAACAAGUCUAACCAUGAUCAAAGGAAGCUGAACACGGCAAGGUCAUGGGGGGUGGCAGCCCUCAACGAAAGCUGGCUCUGGGCUUGCAUACGGGAUAAUCGCCGCGCAUCGUACGAGGCUCACGCUCUGUCUUUGCCCACAGCGGCACGAGUAACUGGAAUUCCCGGAGUGCUUUCAUCAAAGCCAAGGCAAGAUGAGAACAAAGGUUUAAUAUCGGCAGACAGAAAAGCGUCAUCGGGAGGUCAGCCCAGCAAGGCCGCGUCAGUCGUGUCUGGGGCCGAUGUCGUAUCGAGACGGGCAGCAGAACACCUUACGCUCGAUCGACCAGGUACCGAUUUUGUUGUUCACGCAGACACUGAAGUGAUUGACGAGAAAUGCACGUCCAGAGGAGCACAGAAACAGCCACCACUAAUAGUGGAGGGAGAAGCUGAUGGGCCACGACCACUGCAGUCUCUACCCAAUAAUUGCUCACCCAAGCGUCCCGUUGAAGAAGAAGUAGUGAAGCCGAAGAAACGGUUGUUUCAGCCAUUCGAUGGGCCUGCAAGCAAUACCGAAAACGGAAAGGAGUGUCAGUCCAAGAUUGCGCAGCAUGAUCAGAACGCAAUAGCGACUCGCGGUGUUGCCGACGCUCAUGCACUGAAUGGGGAGAUACGCGAGCUUCUCGAUCUGAAAUCGAGAUCCAAGGAGAAGGCGGCACCGGACGGCGGCCACGGAAAAAAGCUCAUGGGUCGGGCACCCAGUAACCUGUCUAAUGCCUCAUCUACUUCUCAGGUGCGGCAGUCAAGAGCCAGCUCCGUCGAAAGCAUGAACACGGAUGGGUUUGGCAGCGAGAUCAUCGCGUCGGCACCUGUGAGCAGCAGGCUGGACGACAAGACUGAAACAGGUAGCUUGAGCUUCAUUGGGCGAGCGAAGUCAAAGUUACAGGAAAGCCGUUUCUCACCCGCUGCUGAUGUUGCGUUCGCAGCGUUGGACCCUAGCGAAGAGCAGUGGGCCGAGGAGGGUCAAGACCAGACGCCCGCACUUACACAACUGGUAUACGAAGAUCCGGAGGAAGCCAUCCGACUGCGCGAGAAGCUGGCGGCAAACCGACGACUCAGAUCGCAGCUAGGUCAGAAGGAAUGCGACCCGAAGCCGGCUGUGCGGCGACCUGCGGGGCCCAAGCGUAUUAAAGAUGAUGAGCUGUUGGCGAGCACUGGAUGGGGAGCCGGAAGGCGAACGAGGCAAAAGGAUAGAAGUCCGCAGGGAUUGAUGAACUUCUGA